AUGUAUAAGGGGUCCAAGGUUGGUGGUGCUAAGUCCAGCACUGCUGGGGCUACUACUACUCCUCCGGCACCUAUCGGGCUCACUGAUGAGAUACUCUCUAAUAUGGCUGUUGGUAAGGUCUUUAAGGAUGCCACUAAGAGGGUUAAUAGUAUUGACUUUACAUCUGAUGGGAGGUACCUUAUAGCAAAUUCGCUGAGGUAUUGGGAUCUAUAUGAGAACAAGUUCUUGCGGUAUUUCAAAGGGCAUACAGGGCCAGUGUCCUCUCUGAAGGUCCAUCCGUACGAGGAUCAAUUCUUGUCAACAUCUUUGAGUACAGCUAGUGGUGGUGAUUCGACUUGUCUUAUGUGGGACCUAAGAAAGGAAAGACCAGUAGCUCGGGUCUAUAGUCAGGAACAAGUCACUAAGGGUAGUUCUAGUGGCAUUCUCGGUGGUCCAUGUGCGACCUAUGAUACUCAAGGCUUGGUCUUUGCUGUAUCGAGUUCUACACCAACAGGGGAUGCUGGCAAGAAGCCCAUCGCUAAAGUGCAUAUGUUUGACAAUCGCCAAUUUGAUAGGGGGGAGUUUGAGGCAUUCGACUUGUCGCCAUUUACGCAAGGAAGCCCUUUGAGGUCGAUGCUAUUCUCACCUUGUGGAAAAUACCUUUUAUGUUCGACAGCUGCGGGAGACCUGUUCGCCAUAGACUCUUUUUCUGGGCGCUUGCGAGCGACUUAUAAAUUUGAUGAUCCCCACUUGCAGUCGGGGUCGCAAACGUGGAAGAGCUUGCCAGAGCGGGAUGGGCUCAGGCCGACAUUUUCGCCGGACGCGCGUUACGUUCUCUGUGGAGUGCCUGGUGGUAGUAUCUAUGUAUGGCCGACUCUCACCAAAGGGGCACAGGAACAGGCCAUGAGUGAGGACCCUGUUAAUGUGCAAGCCUGCGAGCCCAAGCCGGUCGCCAUCCUAAAGGGCCAUUCUGGAUACCCUAGAUGCGUUAAGUUCUCUCCGACGAGGUCGUUGAUAGCAUCGGCAGCUGCCGCAGUGGCGUUGUGGAUACCAAAACAGUUCACGGCACCUAUUGGGACGCAGACGGAUCCGGUGGCGAUAGCCAAGCAACAGGAGUUGGGGUCUGCCAUAGGAUCAUGUCGGGUUAUAGAGCUUGGCAAGACUAUUGCAGCGGAGCAUUUGUACAGCGAGUGGGAUGACGACCAUAACUGUAGCAUAUUCGAUGAGGAUGCUGUUGAGCAGCAUCUCGAGAGCCUCGGAGUUUUCGGCAAGGAAAAUGUCGUUAUCGAUUUUCACUCGCCGGAUUUCCUCCCGCCUGAGUGGUUCGACUUGGUAGUGGUCCUAAGGUGUUCUACGGAUGCUCUUUGGUCACGCCUGGAGCAACGUCAUUACACGGAGGCGAAGAUAAAGGAGAAUGUUGAAUGUGAAAUAUUCCAGACGAUACUUGAUGACUGUCGGGAGCACUUCGGGGAAGAGAAAGUGUUGGAAUUUCAGAGCGUGUCUAUAGACGAUAUUGCCACUAACGUACAGAGCGUCCUGGCUAAGCUCUCCUCCACUGCUAAUAGUGUCCAUUGA